AUGUUUCCCCUGAGCCCCCUCGGCAUCCUGCCCCUCACACUCCUGCUCGCAGGGACAGUCGUCGCUUUACCUUCAUCCCCGUCCGCCUCAUCUACGAUACGCCCCCGAUCGGAGGUGCUUGCGGUUGCUGCUGCUGAUCCCGCCGCCCCUCCUCCUCCGGCCGUGCUACCCCCGAUCCGGCAGUUGGACCAGGACCUCGGCAACGACACGCAGAACGGUCUCGUCGAGGGGCGGUGCGCGGCCGUGACGGUGCUCUUUGCGCGCGGCACCCUCGAGUCCGGAAACGUCGGCACCUUUGCCGGCCCGCCCUUCUUCCAGGCUCUCGCGACACGCCUGGGGCCCGAUAGGCUCAAUGUCCAAGGCGUCGAGUACCCGGCGGUGUCCAAGGGGUUCUUUAGUGGUGGGGACGCUUCUGGGUCGUCAAAGAUGGCUCAGCUUGCUACUGAGGCAGGGCAGAAGUGCCCCGGAACAAAGGUUGUCUUAUCCGGUUAUUCCCAAGGCGGUCAGCUCGUCCACAACGCUGCGCGGAUACUGGGCCCGCAAGGCAUAUCCGCUGUAUCCGCGGCCGUGACAUUUGGAGAUCCAUACAACCCAGCGCCAGUACCAGGCUUACCAUCAGAUGACAGCAUGAUCUUCUGCCACACCGGCGACGACAUAUGCAAGGGCGGCGAGCAGCUCUUCGAUCCUCACUUUACGUACAACCGAGACGCCGGGGCGGCGGCAGAUUUCAUCGUCAGGAUAACAAAGAUGAACGGGCCACCGGGUGGGGGAAACUCGGCUCCGUUACCGUUCCCCCCGUCAGCAUCGAAUCCGAAUAAUGCGAACGCCGGUGUCAGUGGCAAGAUAUCUUUCGCUGCUCUGGCGGCGGGGCGAAAACAACAAGAAUGA